AUGAUUUACUCUAGUGAUAACUAUCUAGACACCAACAAAAAGAAGAAGAACAGUGAAACAUCACUACAGUUCAAGAGUAUUAUAAAUAAUCGGUAUCUUCGAACAAAGAUAUUCAAUCAUGUCAACCAUAUUCAUCAAGCAAUAGUUGAUAGACAUUUCAUUGGACGUGAACAUCAAAAGGGAUGGACAUUGAUAGUAAAGAUAUCUCAAGUGGUAUCAUUACAAGAGUUUAUUAGAAUCAAUAGAACUGACUGGUUUAUCGAUCAUUUCGAUAGAGUAUAUGAUACAAUCAAACUUGGUUGUAAAGAUGAUAAUGGUGUUGUCAAAUUGGAUCAUGAUAUUGUAUUCAAAGAUUUAUUGGACGUGAUAGUAAAGAGAGAUGAUUCGAUUGCAUUGAAGUUUAUGUUGAAGAGAUUCAAAUUUACUCUUCAAACUAUUAUGCAAUCUGUUUACCAUAAUCGGGGUGAACAACCAAUAUCGAUAGAGGUGUAUCAAGUAUUGAAGCGAUACAAUUACAUCAAUGCCACUGCCUAUGAUAUCAACGUUGGGGAUUCAUUAUGGUAUAUCAACAAUCUGGUGAUUUGUGUCAUCAACUCUGGUGACAUUGCAAUAUUUGACCAGUUUUGUAUAGAUUGCCUUGACCCAAUCAAAUCAAUAUUUAAUAUCAAUUAUGUACGUGCCUAUGAUGAUGUAUUUAUAAAUAUCAUCAACAAAUUAAAUAAUAAUAAUGAUAAUAAUAAUAAUAAUAAUAAUAAUAAUAGUAUUAUAUUUCAUAUGGUUGAAAGAUUAUUAAAUCUUGGAAUAGAUUUAAGAGGACCAUUAUUUAUCAAUGCAAUGAAAUAUUCAAACAAUCAAGAGAUAUUAAAUUGGAUAAAGAAUAGUUUUGAUAGUUUCGAUAUGUUUGUCGACUUUUAUCAUCAAUCAAAUAGAUGGAUAGAGAGAUUGGCAUCAAUGGAUACUCUAAAGUUGAUUGAUUACCGAGAACCAAAAUACAAUUCCUUUAACAUUUCAUCUGCAAAGGCAUCAGCGGAUGGUAAUUUAGAUUACCUCAGAUAUAUGGUGAACCAGAAUGACCAAUAUCUAUUUAAAAUGUCACAUCUCGAAAAUGCAUUGGUAAAGGGACAGUUGAAAUGUGUCAAUUUUAUAAUUGAUGCUAUCUCUCAAUAUGCACAACCUGGUGGACAAACCACUAAAUGCAGUACUAUCGAUGCAUCGAUCAUGUCAUUGGAUCUCGUCCAACGAUUGGUCAAUAACCCAAACAUCGAGAUUGACUAUUAUGAGCUGAUCCGUUCAUCAAUCGACCGACCAGACAUUCUAGAGUACCUUCUUUCACUCGGUUCAUUCUCAGUUGAUAUUGAACCCUCCCUAUUCCUCCAAGACCCAAAAUCCAUCCAACUGUUGCUCAAUCAACCCCAUCUCGACCAACCUACUCGGGUUCUGCUUUUUAUGAAGAAAAUACCCAACAUCCAAACAAGACCACUAGAGUUGUUGUAUUUCCGAGGUCAUUCACUUGAAAUAUUGUGCCAAGAAAAUAUGAUGCAACCGCCCAAUUGGAGGGGAGCCCAAGUAGCUGACAUCGAGGUUCUCCAAUUGAUUAUCAAACACCAAUCAAUUCAAAGUCUUUCUCCAUGGAUUAUCAUGACAAGGUACAGUCAAUACGACGACCAUAUCGAGUUGUUAAAGGAUGCAAUCGUUGCAGAGUUGGCCAAAAACGAGCCAAUUCACAUUGAUGGUGCCGUUCAUCAAGUAUUCAAUACUGCAUGUAAAAAUGGAUUGAUCAAAGUUGUCGAAUGUUUUGAUGAUUAUAUUGGUUCUUUUGCAAUGGGAGGAUUUGAAAUAGCUCUUGCAAACAAUCAAAUUCAAGUUGCAAAGUAUUUGGGUCAAGAACUAGCUAAAAUCUUUUCCAAAAAAUUACAAACCAAGGAAACAACACAGAGAGUUAUCCUUUCAAUACUUUCAGUAUUAAACCGAGUAGAGGAUGAUCAAGUUUUCGAAUAUUUUUGGAAUCUUUUCAAAGCAUUGACAACCAAUUCUGUACUUGUCUCUCGUGCUAUUGGAUUUCCAUCUCAUAAUCGUUCAAACAACCGACAUUUAACAACUAAUAGAGUGGAUAGAAUGAUUAAACAUUAUGGUCAAUAUUAUAAUGGCUGUGAAAGAGAUGAAUAUCAAAUGAAACCAUUGACACUAUUAUAUGGAUAUCAAGCAGUAGUAAUCAAUCAUAUUAUCACAAAAUAUCAAAAUGAUGUAUUGGUCAACCAAUUUAUCGAUAUUAAAUCAUUUGAUUAUUUUGAAUAUUAUAAAUAUGAUUUGAAAUUAUGUUUGAUUCCUCCAGUCCCUAUAAUAAUAAAUAAAUAA